AGUUUGCCUGUCUAACGGAAAGAAGGAUUGUAAACCUUUUUUCUUUUUUAGCAGCGAUUCCUUAGGCUAGUAUCUUGUCAAGACUACGUACAGAUGCUUUCAUUUUCAAGGUAUGACUAUGAUUCUUUUCGUUCUCGUUGUCAACGUGACCUGUCGACUCGGGUAUUGUAAGUGCAUGUAAAUGUAUAUUGUCGUAGCAGCAUGUGCAUGAACAAGAUGCCACGUGACCCAUGGGAAGAUUCGCAUAGACCGUGUGGACAACCAAGGACGGGGCCGGAUGGAAGCCAACUUCAUCAUCGUAACUGAUCCGUGGGUAACGAUGGAGUCCCGCAUGUCAUCCAACUGCAACUCAAAGCACGCCAAUUGGCUUCCGGGUUUGGCGGAACUCGUAUCUUUAAUACACGUUGUGUAUGAUGUAUACAAACACUCUAAUAUGGAUCCGACUCAAUCCGGUCCCGACUGGAAAGACUUGCAAGCUGCUCUUCCCCCACCGGUUUUCCCGCCGCUGGAAUUUCUCGGAUGCUGCAGCACUGCUGCCCUUGAGCAGGUCCGCGAUGCAUACCAUCACGUAGUCGCGGCGCGAUACCAAUAUUCGCCUGCUGAGAUGCGCGCUUUGUGGGACGUGGACGUCGCUCUUCGUGGUGGAUCGAUGGCUUGUUUACGGAGGUUGUUAGAUCGAUAUCCCCAUUGUUACCCGUUAUUGACACAGAAACUGGCACAGAUAAAUCGGAUAUCACAGGAAUUGUUCGAAACGCAAAAGCAACUGGGUGAUGACUCCUGUACGUGGUCUACGACGGAAUGGUGCCCUGAUCGCGAAGGACGAUCUUAUUCGAUCUUCCACUAUGCCUAUGCGUACCGGAUCCUUCAGGGUCUCCUCGAUUUUCGUGCUGUGCUCGACUCCGUUGGAGGAAGGUUCCAUCAUAUCCACAAUGAUGUGAAGAAGCUGCUACUACCGCUACAGCUUACCAAGAGUGUUGAUUCUUCCGCGCCGGAAUUUGUGCCGACCGGGUUUUUUUCACAUGGGGCGACUGGUUCGCAUAUGCCGAUAAAGAGCGCCAACAGGAAGAGCGCUUUCAUGACAAGAUGCGCACAGUGAUGGACGUACAUGCAGAGAUUGACACCAGCGGCGACGAGAUAAGUGGGCUCGGGACUGAGAUUGCUUGUGUCGAUAUGGAGGAGGUUCUGCGUCGUUCUGGAGCAGUUGGGGAAGGAUUGCUCGAAUGUUUUCGGCUCCACAAGCCCACAAUAAACUGGAGCGCAAUAUGCUGUCAAAUUCAGUUUGUGGGAAAUAUGCUCAAGCAUCUGGAGCGGCAUUUUGUUGUGGCAGAGGAAGUCGAGCAGAAAAUGAGGAGCGCUGCCGCCCGUCAUGCAGAGGCGAGGGAAGUCGUAGAACAAAGGGUAGAGCAGAUCGCCUUGACUUUCAGCGAAGAGAUGCGACGGGAGCUCUGCAAAGACUACCGUGCGGACCUCAAGGACGAGCAGAGGGCUGCGGGCGACUCAUGGAAUGCAGAGCUCGGGCAGAAAAGGCUAGACUUGUGUUGGACCUUGUAUGAAUGGGCGGGAAAGAACAUGCCAUGGCUGAGCUCACAGCAGAAGACGCAGUUUCAUGCGCUGGCAUUUCUAUACACAAUGGGACAUGUUCUGUCGUUUUGGCCAAGCGUGAAGAUGCUCCACCAGAGAAUAAUCGCCCACAGACGCGUAACAUCCGUAUUUCGCAAUGACGGUAUCGACAAACAGAUGGCCGAGGACGCUUCUUCUGUUGGCGAUGCUCCUUUUGUGGUCGCCGCAGCACCAGACUCAAAAGCUGAAUCCUUCACAAGCCUUCUUUAUCCGAUUAGUAUCACCACGUCUGCUACUGCUACCUCAGCGUCUGUACCUACUACUUCGGGUCACGGCCAUGCUGUGAAGGUGCGUGAAGCUGCCACGUCACCCCCAUGUUUUACUGGAGCAAUUUCUUCCGCGCCGUCGUCUUCGUCAUCUCAGUCUCCGAAGCGACCACAGAUUUCGUCAUGGGAAGAGCCUGGGAAUGGUCUUUUCGCGUUCAAGCCGAGGAAGAAAAGGCAAAAAAGAUCGAGUGUAGACACAGAACACAGAGGAGAAUAAUGCUAAACAACAUGCCUCCGCGCCGGCAUUAAAUAUAAAUUUGUCACCAUUCCGCAUCUAAAAAGGGGAGAUCCACACGAGGAUCACGAAUUCGAAUAGUGUCCGUUCAAUUUGCGUGUUGUUAUGUGCAAUUUGAAUGGCAUAUUAUACAUAUGAUAUUGUUUCUUUCAUCACGAGAGACGAAAAGGCAUCACCAAUCUCCAU